CGAGGCCUAUACAGACUUUUUUUUUUUUUUUUCUAGUGGUAGCAGCCCCCCCACCCGCUAAAAAAAACAACAACCUCCCGUCGAUGCCCUGGAUCCCGGUGCCCGGUGUGAGCGGGGUGUGAACCGAUGAAGCUCUUUAUCCGGUGAUUUUAAGGCAAAGAAGAGACGAUUAGCCCAAGCUUUAGCCUGAAGCUACCAGCUAACCAGCGAGGAAGUGAAGGAGCGAAAAAAUGACAUCUCGGAGGUGGUUUCACCCCAACAUCACAGGCGUGGAGGCUGAAAACCUCCUGCUGACUCGAGGAGUGGACGGCAGCUUCUUAGCCCGACCCAGUAAGAGUAACCCAGGAGAUUUCACCCUGUCAGUACGGCGAAAUGGAGCCGUCACCCACAUUAAGAUCCAGAACACGGGAGACUACUACGACCUUUACGGCGGGGAGAAGUUUGCCACCCUGGCUGAGCUGGUGCAGUAUUACAUGGAGCAUCACGGCCAGCUGAAGGAGAAAAACGGAGACGUCAUCGAGCUCAAGUAUCCGCUCAACUGUGCCGACCCCACGUCCGAGAGAUGGUUCCACGGUCACCUGUCGGGUCGGGAGGCCGAGAAGCUGCUGACGGAGAAAGGGAAGAAUGGCAGCUUCCUGGUGAGAGAAAGCCAGAGUCACCCGGGAGAUUUCGUCCUGUCGGUCCGAACCGGAGAUGACAAGACGGACAGCAGCGACAGCAAACCCAAAGUUACCCAUGUCAUGAUCCGCUGCCAGCAUGACCUGAAGUACGACGUGGGCGGAGGGGAGAAGUUCGACUCCCUCACCGAUCUGGUAGAGCACUACAAAAAGAAUCCCAUGGUGGAAACUCUGGGCACCGUGCUUCAGCUCAAACAGCCGCUGAACACUACUCGUAUUAACGCUGCCGAGAUUGAAAGUCGAGUUCGGGAGCUGAGCAAACUAGCAGAGGCCACAGACAAAGUCAAACAAGGCUUCUGGGAAGAGUUUGAGACGUUGCAGCAACAGGAGUGCAAACUGCUCUACAGUCGCAAAGAAGGCCAGAGAGCAGAGAACAAAAACAAGAACAGAUACAAGAACAUUUUGCCUUUCGACCACACGCGUGUGUGUCUGAAUGACGGGGACCUAAAUGAGCCGGGCUCUGACUACAUCAACGCCAAUAUCAUCAUGGUAGUAUCUGCUAUCAUGCCAGAGCUGGAUUCAAAGUGUAACACCACCAAGGGGAAGAAGUCCUACAUCGCCACUCAGGGCUGUCUGCAGAACACCAUCAGUGACUUCUGGAGGAUGGUGUUUCAGGAGAACUCUCGAGUCAUCGUCAUGACGACCAAAGAGGUGGAGAGAGGAAAGAGUAAGUGUGUGAAGUACUGGCCAGACAUGUCGGCUCUGAAGGAGUACGGCGCCAUGCGGGUUCGCAAUGUCCGAGAAACGGCUGCUCACGACUACAUCUUAAGAGAACUCAAACUGUCCAAAGUCGGACAGGGUAACACAGAACGCACAGUGUGGCAGUACCACUUCAGGGCCUGGCCGGACCACGGAGUCCCCACUGACCCUGGCGGUGUACUCGACUUCUUAGAGGAGGUCAACCUGAAACAGGAGAGCAUACUGGACGCUGGACCUAUAGCGGUACACUGCAGUGCAGGAAUCGGGCGGACGGGAACGUUUAUAGUGAUCGACAUCCUGAUAGAUGUGAUCAGAGAAAAAGGAGUCGACUGUGACAUCGACGUGCCAAAAACCAUCCAGAUGGUUCGUUCUCAGCGCUCAGGGAUGGUGCAGACCGAGGCGCAGUACAGAUUCAUCUACAUGGCCGUACAGCACUACAUAGAGACGUUGCAGAGACGCAUAGAGGAGGAACAGAAAAGUAAGAUUAAAGGGCGCGAGUACACCAACAUUAAGUACUCCUUGUCUGACCUGACUGGAGGGGAGCAGAGCCCUUUGCCUCCUUGCACUCCUAUUCCUACUCCCACCUGCACAGAGAUGAGGGAUGACAGCUCCAGAGUGUAUGAGAACGUGGGCCUGAUGCAGCAGCAGAAGAGCUACAGAUGAGAUUCACCUUUGACCCCAGUUCCAGGAUCUCGAUACCUGACAGGUUUUUCGCCAGCCACACCUUGACGCCUGAGACUUGACCGUAAUAAAUAACAUGGAACAACGGGGGAAAAAAACACAACACACAAACACACACACACACAAAAACCACACAACAUAUAAGAGAGACCAGACACCAGGGUCCUCCUGUUCCUGUUCUCGCUCAUUCUACACGAACGUUCGCCCUCUAGUUGAAUUUAAAACCACUGUGAUCAUCAGAAGAGCCUCUGAGAAGCCUAAAAACACGCUAAAUCCUCAAAUAAACCACAGUUCGGGUUUAGCCGCGACAAGGGCUGCAAACAGCGAGCGCUCACCUCAGAGGGGAGGAAAAAAAAAAACCUUAGCUAACCUUUUUCUCAUCUCUCAUUUUUCAAAAAAAUGUUUUAUUAACCAAAGGAAAAUAAUGUAGAUUGUUUGUUUUUUGUAGAUGGAAGUGAGGAGUUUUUCUGGCCUGUGCCAAAACCACGAGUUUUAUCCACCAAUUCAAAAAGUCUUUAUUUGGCCCGUGGAGCCUUUAAAGCAGCGCGGAGAUAAGAGCGGAUUAUUUGUGGAGGCAAAAAUGAUUUCCAGUGAUUAUCGUCUAGUCUUCACUGAGUCGUAUAUAAAGUGUAAUGUUUUCUGAAUGAAGAAGUAUUGGCAUUGUAAUGUAACACAAUAUUUACUGUUAAUUCGUAAUCUACUGACUUCUAAACAUGAAUUCCUUACUUUUGGGGUUUUUUAUUUAGUUUUUCUUUUUGAGCCAGAACUGCCUUUAAACUUUAAAUUCAGGCUGUUCAGGUUUCAUAUGUUUUUUUCUUUUUUCGUUGGGAAUACACACACACACACACACACACACACACACACACACACACACACACACACAGUUAUCUGUUAGUUAACCAUUCCUGAGCUCAAGCCGAAUGUCCUUAAUGCUGCACUUUUAACUCCGCGGCAUCACACAGUUACAGUCAAGCCUUGAUUCACCUGGUGGAUUUAUUAAUAAUCUGAUGAUCUGGGAGGAGGGGGGGGGGGUUAAGAUAAGAUAAGGUAAGGAGUUUUAGGGGGGCCCCUCCUCCUUCAUGCCUGCACUUCUAUGUCGGAGUCAGUAUCGUGUUUAGAUUUCAGAGGAGUCUGUUGUGUAACUCAGUUUGCAAGCACAGCUGCCAAUUUUUUUUUAAAGUUUUUUUUUUUUUUUUAAAGUGCAUAUUACUUUUUUUCCCAUUCUUGUUAUUUUUAAAGACAAAUGCCUUUUUUGUGUACCAUUGCCUAUUUUUGAGCACCACAUGUACUUAAUUUUUUAAGACUCACAGUUUUAAGAGAAGCAAUCACACACACACACACACACACACACACACACACACACACACACACACACACACACACACAGGCACACACACACACACAUCUCUGAAGCUUUUUUGGCAGUAUAGAUCAUUGUUGUGGUUAUACUGUAGGUUUGUGGCCCUGUGAUUCAGUAGUUUAUACACACACACACACACAGCAUUAGGUUUCUAUAGGAGAGUGGUUUACCAGCAACCCAGGUAACCAGAAAGAUUUUUAUCUUUCUAUUAAUGUCAAUCAAAGUAAACCAUUUAUAUAAAUAGUUUGACUUUUUUUGGGGGGGGAAACGCUUUUUUUCUUUCUUGUUGAGUUACAUGAGACGAUCUUAGCAUAAAGACUUCCUGUUUAAUUACAUUCUGCUGUGUUUAAAACUGAUCAUCUGUCCAAAAAAUACCCCCAAAAUUACUCCUCUGUUCUGUUUAGAGCUGCAACUAACAAUUAUUCUUUUCAUUACAUUGUCUAAAAAAUGUUUAAAAAUAGAUCUUGCCCUUGUUUUGGUUAAUCAACGUUCCCCAAAACUGAAGAUUUUUUAGUUUACUGUCACAAAUGAAAAAGAAAAGCAGCAAAUAUUCACAUUUGAGAAGCUGAAACCAGAGAAUAUUUGGUCUUUUUGCUUAAAAAAUGAUGAGUGAUGAUUGUUAGAUUAUCAUAAUAGUUGCAGAUUAAUUUUCUGCCAUAUAACUGAAUAAUUGUGUAGUUUUUCAGUAUUAGUAUUAGAAGUAUUUCCUAACCUCAGUCACUAACAUGUUGCAUUUCCUGUGAUGGCUUCACAAUAAAAGUAAAAUGUGAAGCCGCAGAAGAAGGAAAUGUGAGUAGAAACUAAAAACAGCUCUGAUAUGAUGUCAGGAGAGUAAAUAGUGAGGUUUAUAAUCAUGAGAUAAAGGAGGAUAACAUGCUAUAUUGCUUCAUGUGAAUUCCUGAUUUAAAUACAUACAUUGAAUGAAACUUGCUACUUUCUACCAUGAAUAGUAUCAAAAAUAGGGCUUUUUUUUUCAUCAUGAAACUCAUAAGUAUUAUAACCUUAAUCGGCACAAAACAAGCAGAGAUAUUAAGUGCUGGGUGUUAUCGCUCGGAGAUUGAGCCAGGCUAGCAGUUUCCCCUUACUCCCAGUCUUUAUGCUAAGCUAAGCUAACUCCCUGAUAACUCUUAAGUUAUCGUUUGUGGUGUGCAGAUAUGAGACGAUCGUCUCACUUUACUCGCUGCAAGAAAGCAAAUGACCAUCACUCCCAAAAUGUCAAACUGUUCCUUUAACUUCAUCUUCACCAUCAGCUGCAGUAUUUAGGCAAGUCAGAUAUUUUCUAUCUGAGACAGAAUCCAUCACACUUGCCCUCUCAUUUCAAACAUGUGGCCUAAAUAUUAUUCUUUCUUCAAGCCUUCCCCACUUCUGCACAUUUGCUCGCCGUCACUACGCCUUGAGAAAAGAAAAGCAAAGAGAGAGAAAAAAACCUGCAGCCUCGCCAUUGAACUCGGCUGCUGUCUCAGAAUCUUUUGAACUGAGAAUAAAAAAAGAAAAGAAGAAAAAAAAGGAAGAAGCGGCUCUCCUCUUUGCCUUGAGGGACAGUUCUCAACAAACCACUGAUCCAGGAUUGAACAGUGUCUCUUCUGUAAUAUUAAGAAAUCAUGAAAUCAGUGUUUAUUUUUUUUCGGGGGCUGCUUCCUCCCCAAAACCGGAGGACUCUGCUAACACCCGGCUGCUGCAUCACAGCAAGUGUUCUUUUGAAACCGAUUCCUCUCCUUCCUUCUCCGGGUGACCAGCCACUGACUGAGUAAUGAGAUCUUCUGUAGUGUGGUGUACUGUAUGCAGUUUUAUCGUCGAAUGAGAGGAUGAGUUUGUACUUGUCUAAUUGUUUAGUGGAGUGCUUGCCUCGUGGUGUUUUUUUGUGUGUCCUGACGUGUGGAUGUUGCUGUGAGAGUGCGGCUGCUUCAUCAGCCAACACUGUAUGUUUCCUUCUCUUCUUGUUUUUUUUUUUUUUGUUUUGUUUCCUUCCCAGAUGAUAAAACUGCUCUCCAUUUACCAUGUAAGCAAUUUAGAUGCAUAGACGUGCCUUCUAUGCAUAUGCCUAUGUGUAUGUGAUAGCUAUUAUAAUUAUUAUUAUUAUUAUUAUUAUUAUUACUAUUGUUAUUACUAUUGUUAUUAAUAAAGAAAAAAGAUAAAACAGUGCUCUUUAGUUUCACCGCCAUUCAAGAACUUGUAACACUUUAAUGUGAAUUAUUUCAUCCUGAACAUCCUGAACAAAAAAAAGGAAAAUAAAAAACGGUGAUCGCAAUGCAAACAAACUAUAUUUUUUAACCUGUAUAUUGUACAUGAGUACCUGGUAGAGGAGAAUGUACUUACUAAAAACAUAUCUACUUGCCAAUAAGAUAUACUGUAUGUAUAUUCCUACAGCUUUCUCUCUGUGACACAGAGAGGGACCUUUCACAAAGCUUAAGAUGUUUAUUGUAUGACUUUCAAUGCAGUUAACCAUGUUAACUUCCUCAAUAACAAUAAAUGGCUAGCUCAUGCCUCAUUAAAUCA